AAUUGAUUGAAUUGAAAGCCCCAACUAUAGUUAAAAGGAUGGAUCAUAGAGAGAAGUUAUACGCCGACUCACCUAAUCCAAAGGUCAUUCAGAAAAUUUGGAAGAAUCGACGGCGACCGACGAGAGAAGCGGCGGUUGGACGGCAAAACGGCGGGGGUAACCACCAGCUGCUAGCACCAGCACAACCACCGGCACAGCCACGAUGUGCGGAUCUGGUCUAGGAAUUUGCAGGAAGAUAGAGUAGACGCGCGCGGCACCAUUUCGUUCGUUCAUCUCACUUGGUCACUUCACUUCUGUCGCCACCUCCCACAUCGACGCCACGCCACUACACGUGCGUCCUUUCCACGACGCUCUC